ACAUUUCUUGUUUGUUUUCCUUUUACUGAACGUUGUGCAAAAAAAGAGAACAUUAAUAGUAUUCUAAAUUAUUUCCUAUUUGAGUUUUACAAUUUUGUUGAUUAAAGAUUAGUAGAAUGUUUUUAAAUAUACGAUAAAAACUCACGUGAACGAUAAAGUUAUUGUACGGACCGUCUCGUAAAUUAUAAGAGAAGAGUGAUAAUAUAAAAUUUUAAAGGUAUUUGAUGUAAUUAAAAACUAGGAAUUGGCGUUGAAAUCAUAAGUAUUUUGCAGUAAACUUAUCAAUUUAUUAAUUACUACAAGGUAUUAAAUCUUAAGUGACAAAGAAAAUACUUUUAUGACUAUAUUAAUACAUAUUUCAUUUUGUAAAAUAUUCUCUCUUUUCUAAUAAAAACUACUUAGAUAAAACCAAUGGAUAAGACGUUUAUUCUCACCUUUGUUGCUAUACUCGCCCUAACCAAUGGAACAAUUUAUGAUUCCGAUGUUAUAUGCGAAAAAUCCAAAAUGAUGAGUAAUUGUAGUAGCGGAUACAAAAUGGUGACAGUGUUCAAAGUUGGUUUUCAAUGUUGGGAGAAAGUGUGCAGAAAAUGUAACGCAACAGAUGCCGAUUGUCUUAUAGGUGGUACAAGUUUAACUUCACCGCAAUCAUUAAAUUGUCCGUGGUUAGAGUGUUCUUACUGUCCUUAUGGUUAUCAACUCGAUAUAAACGGUUGCCGAACUUGUCAUUGUAAGACAAAGAGACCUUGCCUAAGAAUCAAAUGUAAGCCAUGCAAAUUUGGUUAUAAAUUAGAUAGGAACGGAUGUCAGGGUUGUCAAUGUUUAGAAAAAGAAAUACCUUAUAUGUGUCUAAGAAAAUCAUCAAGUUUAAAGGUUUGCUACUAUCGCAAUCCAAAGUUCUUUUAUGAUCCGCAAUCGAAUCUUUGUUUGCCUCAUAAAUCUGGGCCAUGCGGACAUUUUGGAUUCUCUAGUCAAAUGAUGCAUCCAUUUAAUGAAUUAUUUGGAAGAACAAGUAGAAGAGGUAUAAUAGCUAUAGCUGUUGGACUUGGUCUGGGAUUGAUAGCCAUUGUAACUAGUAUAUUAUUUAUUAUUAAAGUUGCAAGAGGAAGAUCUAAAAAUAGAAAACAAAAUAUUUCCAUCGUAACAUCUGGAAAAUAUGUAAAAUUGAAUGAACAAAAAGUUUCACUGGCCUAG